GGUCGAUGCAUGGGCGGGAUCUCGUGCGCGGGCUUGCAAGGUUGAUGUCUGGGCGGGAGCUAGUGCGGAGGAAGCUCGUGUGCCCCGCGCCGUCGUCCGCGCGCGAGCAAACGAGCGAAUGCGGUGUUUCCCUGUGCCUUCGAUAUGGUCAUUGCUCCCGCGUGGAUGUCGGUCAUCCCGCCAAAAGUGAUGAUAGAAACGUUGAGAGGGUGGUGAGCGCAUGCAUGACCAUGAGGGAACGAUACAGAGAAUGAAGAUUAGCAUGGCCCCUGCGCAAGGAUGACACGCAUAAAUCGAGAAACGGUCCAUGAGGGGAAGGGGCCCAAUUUGUCGGAAGUACGAGUAGCACGUUCUGAUCUGGCUACCUUAGCUUGAGUCACGUGGUUAAUGUGGGUUGGCUAGCGGGGCGUGACCGAUUAUCGCUGUGCCGAGGGCGCUUUUUGGCGGGGGCGGAUCCGAGAAAGCCCGCACCUAUGUGGGAGAAAUUGCGCGCGCAACAUGCAGUGCAAGGUUGGGAAAAAAAUCAAAGCUGCUUAGUGUUGAGCGCGCGUCGUUCCAGGCGAAUGAUUGUGGAGGUGGCAGAAUAGGCGCCGCGUUUUAGCGUUUUUGGGACCAUCGACAAAUAACUACUUACGCUGUGAUUAUAUCCCAUUGUUGUGGUACGGAGAAGAUAUCCCCUUGUUGUGGUUGAUGGGAAGACGCGGUUUACUACAGUAUUACAUCAGCAUUGGCGAGCUCAGUCCUCGCUUCGGUCAGUAUUCCCGAUCUUACGUUCAUGGACAGUUUACACGUGUCAUUUCCCGACGAUUCCCCUUGAAGCUGACGUCUGCGUUUCUGACGGAGAGGGGAAAGCCGCGGGGAAGGUGGGAAGGCGAGCAAGGCAUAGUGGGGGUGUAGGGUGGCCCAUCCGAGUCGUUGACUUCGAAAUCGACCACUCUGUGUGUGUGUGUGUGAGAGAGAGACACACACACACACACACACACACACNAGAGAGAGAGAGAGAGAGAGAGAGAGAGAGAGAGAGAGAGAGAGAGAGAGAGAGAGAGAGAGAGAGAGAGGCAGGAAGACUAGAGGUUGUGCGGUGGGUGUCGUGGACGUGUGAGGGGGAGCGAUGUCGAACCCCAUGUUUCCCGCUGGAGUGAGUCCAGAGAUGUUGAAGUUUGCGCAGGAGCAGAUGAAGAGGAUGAAGCCGGAGGAUAUCCGCCGCAUGCAACAACAGAUGAACGUAACCCCGGAGUCGAUUAAGAUGGCUCAAGAACGACUGAAAUCCGUACGGGCGGACGAUAUGAAGUAUGCUGCGGAACAGUUGGGCAAACUGAGCGAUGAGCAGUUGUCGGAGAUGACGCGCAAAAUGGCACAGAGUGAUCCUGAGCAGCUGAAGAACGCAGCGAGAGCCUAUGCAGACCGGUCAAAAUCGAGGCAGGAAUACGAGUACCAAGCGGCACUUCGGCUUAAGCAGGAAGGGAAUCACUUACAUGGCCAGGGGAAGUACAACGAUGCUGCAGAGAAGUACCAGAGAGCAAAGAAGAACUUGUCAAGUCACAGUCAUAAAGAUUCUGUCUCUCUGAGGACAGUCUGCUCUGUGAACCUCAUUUCUUGCUAUCUUAAAUCGAAGCAGUACGAGGCGGCCAUCAGUGAAGGCACAGAGGUACUUCGGUCAGACCCAAAGAAUCUGAAGGCGUUAUAUCGGAGAGGUCUGGCGUACAAGGAGGCUGGGAAAUUGGAGUUGGCUGCUGCAGAUCUGCAGGCGGCUGCUGAACUAGAUCCAACGGAUGAAACCAUCGAAGGGGCACUCAGGAAAUUGAAAGCUGAUAAGGUGUCUAAAGAUCAUCAGUCUGAACGCGGCAAUACUAGUGAUGACAACGUGGUCCGCAGUGGAACGUCAGGAGAGGAGUCAGAGGAUCUGCUAAAACGAAGUAUGAGAGAAAACCGGGAUGGGGUGAUCAUCAGUGAGGAGGAGGAUGGCACCUGGAGUGUACGGGGUGAAAAGCUUAUUGCACAGAGAGUCAAGGAGAGAAGCCCAUAUGACAGCCUCUCAACAAGUGGAGGUGACGAUGCAGAUUUCUAUGGAGAAACAGAUAGCGGAGCACCAUUUGGCAUGCAGGACAGAGAGGUUAUGCAGCAGAUGAUUGAAAUGAUGAGCAAGAAUUCUGACAUGGCCCGGCAGAUGCACUCGUUAAUGACCUCGAUGACCCCUGAGCAGGUGGCAGCCAUGAGCGGAGGGGGAAUAGACCCCACCAUGGCGAAAUUUGCUGUCGAUGUAGCCAAAGGCAUGACACCAGAGGAUAUGGAACGAGUUGUUAGCAUGGCAGGGAACUUGCCCAGAUCGACUGACCCGGGCCAGGAAAGAAGGGAGAAAGACAGCGGUGCCACAAGUGGUGCGAACACUUCGUCUGCUGUUCUGCCCAAGUAUGGAAUGCCCUCUGGAGUAUCAAUUGGAGAGGACAUGGGGAGAACACAGUCUGAAGGAACAGCAAGCGUAAGUGGACUGUCAGACGGCGGCUCGGGAUCGUCAGCUGAUUAUGAUAGCAGCUCACGUACAGGUCUGAGGCAUAGGCGGACAGGUAGUGGAGGUGGUGCACCUGCUGCGAGCAUGGGGAUGGGGGACAUGACGCCUGAGAUGAGGGAACAAAUGCGAGAGCAACUUAAAAACCCGGCUGCUGCAAAGAUGAUGACAGAAAUGAUGAAGUCUCUUUCACCUGAGACAAUGGCCGCGAUGAGCGAGAAGUUUGGGAUGAAAAUGACCCCUGAACAAGCUAGGAAGGCUCAGGAAGCUAUGUCUUCCCUCAGACCGGAGGACCUCGACUCUGUGAUGCGGUGGGCGGAAAGGGUGCAAAAAGCUUCUGAAGCAGCUAAGAGCACGAAGAACUGGCUUCUUGGUCGCCAAGGACUUGUGUUGGCUAUAGCACUGCUUUUGGUUGCAGUGCUGGGCCAUGUAAUGGGUAUAUGGUGAUCUGUGCUAUUCUUCCUCUCUUCUUUGUUCUGUUGAUGCCUCCUUGUGCUAUCCGGGCCACCUGCCCGUUCCCCAAAUUCUUUGUUUCAUUCUUUACGUACUUUGCUUUUCUUGUUCUUAUUCUUCCUCCCUCUGUGUUGUUAUUAUUUUAGAGCUCCGAUCUAUUGGUGGGGAGCAGCACCUGUUUAAGACCUGCUGGCCCUUCGUUUCAAGCGAAUGAAUGACAAGUUGACAACACAAGUUUGUGCUGGAAACCAGGUCCAGCAUCCCCCUAAUUUUUUACUGCUUACGUGGAUGCUGAAAGGGUACUUCUCUUCCUCUUCUCCCGGCAUUCUCUGUUUGCCACCCGCUUCUUCUUGUUCUCCAUCCUCCUUCCUCCUCUUCUUCUGCCCCAUGCAUCUUCUGUCACUUGCCUCUUCCGAUGCUGCGACCGGCCGCUUCCUCGUCUUUUUCUUGCUUUGUUCGCCUUUGUUCUCUAUGACCUGUUUCCUUUGUUUUUCUUCGUCUCCCAUUCCCAUCCCAUUCUCUUUCCCGUUGUGUUCCCCCUCCUCGCCCCCCUCUCCUACUAUCCCUUUUCUUCUCCCUCUCUUCUUCUUUAUAAGGUGGCUGCUGCUUUUCUGCCGAUACUGCGACCAGCCGCUUCCUCGUCUUUUUCUUGCUUUGUUCGCCUUUGUUCUCGAUGACCAGUCUCCUUUCGUUUUCUUCUUCUCCCAUUCCCAUCCUUUUCUCUUUCCCAAUGUGUUCCCUCCCCCCCCCUCCCCCCUCCUACUCCCUCUUCUUCUUUAUCUUGUGGUUGCUGCUGCUGCCGUUUUCUUUUCUUUUGCAAUUGUCGUCUUCAUUGUCCUUUCACGGCUGCAUCUCCUUGUCUUGUCGCUUUGCUCUUCUUUCUUCUUUGUUUUUUUUUCUCUUUUCUUUCUUUUCCUGUUUUUUUUCUAACCUGUUGAAAGUUGAAACAGCUUUUCCUGCGGUGUCCCGUUUUUCAUUUUUUUUCUUUUCAUUGUUUUCUUGGAGGCAAUUCUUUGAUCAGACUGUUUUAGAGAUUAGCGAGUGGGCAUUUGGACACGUCGUCGUGGAAGCGAACAUUUGGAAGGUAGGUCAUUCUCUUUUCUCUGUUUUCAUCCGGGUUCGAACUCAGGUUUGCGUUUCAACAGCUUACGGGUGUACCAAGUUACUACCAACUGAUCUAAGCCCGUUGGUCUUUGGGGUGUCAAUUCUGUUUUCCGUGCAUAGGGCUUUCCCAUCCUGUGCGUUGUGAUCAGCUCGCAUCUUGAUUCUGUCUCUGUUGAGCUGAGACAAAUUUUGUUGCAGUAGGGUAAACUAUUUCUGAAAAGGAGAUUUAAUAAAUUUAGCGGUCCUGA